GGUAGCGUCCAGCCGUUGAUGUGCAGCUCACCAGGAGACGCCGGCGCCAUUUUGCUGCGGACCCCGCGAGGUGUGGAGUUGGAUUCUCGCUAGAUAGAUCCUGGAGCAGUUUGCAGCCAUGGAGAUGGAGUAUAUUCGUGUGGCGGAGGAUGAGAAUGAGGAGCCGAUGGAAAUACCGUCAGAGGAUGAUGGUACUGUCCUCCUGUCCACUGUGACUGCUCAGUUCCCGGGUGCGUGUGGCCUCAGAUACAGGAAUCCAGUGAAUCAGUGUAUGCGUGGAGUCAGACUGGUAGAAGGAAUUCUCCACGCACCGGAGACUGGAUGGGGAAAUCUUGUUUAUGUUGUGAACUACCCAAAAGAUAACAAAAGGAAAAUGGAUGAAACUGAUGCUUCUUCUGCUGUUAAAAUAAAGCGUGCUGUAACAAAAACGUCUGAUCUCAUUGUGCUUGGGCUUCCUUGGAAAACAACUGAGCAGGAUCUGAAGGAAUAUUUCAGCACAUUUGGCGAAGUCAUCAUGGUCCAGGUUAAGAAAGAUGCAAAGACUGGACAUUCAAAAGGCUUUGGAUUUGUGCGCUUCACAGAAUAUGAAACACAAGUGAAAGUGAUGUCCCAGCGCCACAUGAUAGAUGGGAGGUGGUGUGACUGUAAACUGCCCAAUUCCAAGUAUUACUGGACUGCAGAGCCGCAGCUAUUUUUAGCGUCGCAGUCGUCCCGUGAUGUAAUGAUGCCGCGACACUACUUUAGAGAGGAAUCUCAUUCUCCAGUGGAGCAAAGCCCAGAUGAACCAAUGCGUAGCCGCAAAGUGUUUGUUGGCCGUUGCACAGAGGAUAUGACCAUCGAGGAGCUGCGCCAGUUCUUCACGCAGUACGGAGAGGUCGUUGAUGUUUUUAUCCCAAAGCCAUUCCGAGCAUUUGCCUUUGUGACAUUUGCUGAUGACCAGGUGGCACAAUCAUUAUGUGGAGAAGAUCUCAUCAUCAAAGGAGUCAGUGUCCAUGUAUCUACAGCAGAACCCAAACAGAGUAGUAACAGGAUCCCCUUAGAGAGAGGUGGCAGGUUCCCGGGAGCAAACUUUGGUGGUCAGGGGUAUCCCAGCCACAGGCCAAACAGCGGUGGACUAGGCAAUAACCAGCCUAGUAACAUGGGGGGCGGUGGAGGGGGUGGAGGUAUGAACUUUGGUGCCUUUAGCAUUAACCCAGCAAUGAUGGCUGCUGCACAGGCAGCUCUACAGAGUAGCUGGGGCAUGAUGGGUAUGCUUGCUAGCCAGCAGAACCAGGGUGGGCCACAAGCUAGCAGCCAUGGCCAAGGAAAUCCGCCCAGGGAUCAGUCGGGUUUUGGUUCAGCUAGCAACUCCUAUGGCUCUAACUCGGGUGCUAUAGGCUGGGGUUCUCCUAAUGCUGGCUCUGGUACUGGGUUUAAUGGUGGCUUCAGCUCAAGCAUGGAAUCCAAGUCCUCUGGUUGGGGCAUGUAGUUUUCUAGGUUUAUUGUGUUGGGUGAAUGGGUAAAUAUUUCCUAAUUUUAUGGUAAGUACAUUGUAAAAUACAUUUACUUAAACUCUCCCAAAGGUUUUCUUCAAGCCUUCAGGUUAUUCAGCUGUAUAUCCUCCAUGAAGGAGCAUGGGUGAAGGCAUGCGUUGUCUAUGAAAUGAAACCACUUGCCAUCAGAUUUCAUUACCCAAUGAUUAAUUACAACUUUUUGUUUUUCUUGAUGUAAAAGAAUCGGAUCUUGUGUAGCACAGUCUUCCUUGUUGUGUCUACUGCUUCAGCAACUGAUCUCUGCUGCUCACCUUUGUCUCUGGGACCUGGCACAGUUCUGUAAAUAUCCUGUCCUGGAUCACUCCUACAAAUAUUUCCUAUCGAGAAAUCUGCUGCUGCACAGUGAAGCUUAAGACGGUGGGUGAUCCAUUUUUAUCCACUUUAUUUGGUGGAAACGUAGCGGCGCGUUGAACGCACGGCUGUGAGGUGGAACCAGAAGGCUGUUUGAACUGUGGGAUUGAUGGUACCAAGGAAUGAGAGGCUUGGGUAUGAGCGAGAAGCCGAGCGCGUGGAGAGACCUGGUGGUGCAUUAUGGGAAUAUUGAAGUUGGCAAUGUGUCUCAAUCCAGUGGCCUUGGUGAGCGUGUGCAGAGAGCAGUGGGAGCAAGUAACGUACGAGUGUUUCUUGCAUUCAAAGGACUUGUUCAUUUGGAAGACUGGGUCUUUUUCUGCCUAUGAGACAACUGUUUGAAAUUGGUUUGUGUAAACAUGUUUCCCUUUCCUUACAAUGUCUAUUGCUGUGAAUGCUGUAUGAGGUGUCCUGACCAUGUGAUGCUGGAGGGUGGGUGGUCGCUCUGGAGUGGAAUGACAUGCUCCUGUCCUAGAGUGUGGGGACGCUUUUGAGUUGUACGUAAUAACAAGAAUGCUGUUUGCUGCAGUCAUGUGUUCUGUGUUUGGAUGCUUUUUACAAGACCUGUCAAUGUAGGAUUCUUAAAUAAAACCAUUUAAAUAAA